UUACCUAGCCAUAUGGCCUGCUGUCUCUGCCAAUUCAAAAAUAAUAUUGAGGUUGUCUGCAAGACAGUCAAGCUGCAUUGUGACAGUGAAUGUCUGACAAAUGCCACACAUUGUGAUGAAGAAGUAUCUAUAAGGAGUGAAGGAUCAUUCAUGAAGGUAUUGAAAUCCCGGAAGAAGAGCACCAGUACUGAGCUGACAACUGAGCCAGAGAAGCCAUCCUCAGAUAAAAAUCGCUUCAGUUUAGCCUUUAUGAAUGAGCAGCUAGACUUUAAUGAUGAAAGUGAUGUUAUUAGUGCGCUGAAUUACAUAUUGCCUUAUUUCUCAGAGGGAAAUCUAGAAGAUGUAGAAUCAACCUUAUUACCAUUCAUUAAACUUCUGUUUUCAAAUGUGCAAGAUGGAGACAAGCCCAUGGGUCCCUUGACAAACAAUACAGGGAACCCUUUUCUUAAACCUGGACCCAACAAUUCAACUUACAAAAAUAAACUGAGGAAACUCCAUUUUCUAGAAAAUUUGUUAGAUGCAGAAAUUCAAGAAAAAAUUGAUGAGGUGAAAAAGAAAGAAAAAACUGCCAUGCUUAUACGUUCCGGCCUUUUCAGUCCCAAAUUCAAACGCCAAAUCUUUCCAAAGAAAUUGGAAACUGCCCAAGCACAGGAAAAGAGCCUCACCAAGGCUGAGAGUGUAGGGAAAAAGUUUCUGAGAGUAAAGCAGGUUAUCAAGGGCCCAAAGGGCCUACGGAAAAGGUACCUCAAACAAAGGCGCAAUCAGAGAAACCAGGGGAAACAGAAUGCCCAGCCAUUUGUGGAGAAUAUGGCUAAAGAAAGAAGGCUCAGUAGACCGUCCCCAAGGGAGCUGGAGCAGCUUCACAUGACGCAGAGGCCCAGGAAAUUAGUGGGAGACUCCUUCAAUACGGAGGAUUCUUCUUUCCUGAAACAGUACUCCUUGGGCAGGCCUUCUGCCUCCACUCCUCCAAAAUCCCUACCUGGGUGAAAAAAUGCCAAAGGCUUAACCGACACCAUUUUUGUUUUAGAGGAUGCAAAUGCUAGAGUUAGGAAUAUGAAGGCUUCUAAACCAGUCUCACAUUCCAGAAAAAAGUACCUCUUUCAUAAAACUCGCUCGCGUGGGGUCCACAGAGCACCCAAGGCCAAGCUGAGUCGAAAAUUCAGAAAGGGAAGUCCUAUCAGUAAUAGGCUGAUGCUUGCAAAGAGGCCUCCGUUCUCUGCCAUCAGGAGCCUCAUAAAUUCCCCCUUCACGGGAGGCUUUUCCUCUUCAGGAGAACUGAGUUCUCAGGAAAAUCCUUUUCCAGAAUUAUUUCCUCUUUCAGAACGUUUUAGAGAAAACACUACUGUAGAAAACACUACUGCACAGAAUGUUUCUGAGAAACCUGUUUCUACAAGAAACAUGACUGUGCCAGAACAAACCCUCCCUGCAUUCAGGAACCAUAAGAAACUUUCCAGUGCAUAUUCUGUGGCCACCACAGGCAACUUUAUGUCAACUGUUAAACAAACCAAUGAAUCACGACGGAUAUACCACAGCGUGGGCACUGGAUUGCCCCCGAAGCCCACAGGCUUCACUGGGUCGAAGCUCUCAGCCCCAGGUGACCUCUUUGAAAUUCAGCUAAACCAGCAGCUAUGGUCCCUCAUCCCGAACAACGACGUGAGAAGGCUCAUUUCUCACGUUAUCCGGACUUUGAAAAUGGACUGCUCUGAGAGCCACGUGCAACUGGCCUGUGCCAAGCUCAUCUCCAGAACAGGCCUCCUGAUGAAGCUUCUCAGUGAGCAGCAAGAAGUAAAGGUGUCCAAGGCAGAGUGGGAUACGGACCAAUGGAAGACUGAGAACUACAUCAAUGAGAGCACAGGAGUCCAGAGUGAACAGAAAGGGCAGGAGUCCAGCGAGGUGAGGACAACUCCUAAAACAUGGGAUCUGGACUUUGAGUCAGUUUAGGACGUGCCAUGAAAGCACCCAAGCACAUAGGCCAGGGGGCUCCUAGUCUGGGUCUUGUCUUGGCCAGGUAACGUUGGCUAAGACAGUGAUCUGCCACUUUGCUCAUUUAGAGAACAGUGCCACUAUCCCCAGGGUAGAUGAGAAGGGGACCUAACAUACAAGAUAGAUAAAAUUUUGAAGAAAAUGCUAAUGGUAAGAUUACAUAACACAUUAGAUUUGGUGUGUUCCUUAAGAACCUGUAAGCCACUCAUCUGAAAGAAUGGGGUCUAUUUUAGAGUAG